AUGUACGAUCCCCAUCGUAAGCAACACUGGGAUGCAAAAGUAGGAAUAUGGUAUUUCACGGAGCAGUACGCGGCAAAGCGGCGAAGCAAAAACAGAGCCAAAGGAGUCAUUUGCACUCGCAAUAUUGACAUGGUUGAUCGGACAGUGUACAAGAACUACUUACUGACUAAAGUGUUUCCGGCAAUUAAGGAAAAGUGGCCAAGAAAGGACCGCGGGCAGGUUAUCUUUGUUCAACAAGAUAACGCAAAGCCGCAUGUUCCACCGUCCGAACCGGACAUCGUUGCAGCGGGAACCGAAGGAGGCUGGAACAUCAGGAUUUGGUGUCAAGCUCCCAAUUCGCCGGAUCUAAAUUGUCUCGACUUGGGAGUAUUCGCGUCCAUGCAGAGCCUACAGCAUCGUUUACCAAGAAAGGGUAUCGAAGCUCUUAUUGCGUCGGUGGAGGAGGCGUAUCGAGACAUGAAGACUGACACUGUGGAUAAUAUCUUCCUGUCUCUACAGGCGAGCAUGCUGGAAAUCCUGCGACAGAAGGGAGGGAAUUUGUACAAGACACCACACCUGGGAAAGGCAAAGCUCCGGCGAGCCAAGCUGUUGCCUGUUAGCUUGUCGUGUAGCAGGGAUCUAUACGAAGCAGCAAUUGUAUUGCUUAGAGCUGCUAGUCGUGGCAGCGCACUGCUUUUCGAUUCUUCUUCCAUUUAA